UCCUUCUGUCGGUUUGGUCUUCCAGCCUUUUCCAAACUCCUUGAUGUCCCGUCAGAACUGUUAACGGUCGAAACGUCUUUAUUUUUGAAUAAAAGCUUCUGUUUGACAUUCGCCAUAGCUGUAAACCUUAAGAAGACACGUUUCGCAGUAUUUACUGUGUUAUAUCGCUGCCAUUAAGCUGAUAUUUUGUGAGUUAUUUUUUGUUUUUUCAGCCUCACUGAAGGACAAAACGCUCCCGGCGCGGUGGCUACUGUACUGACACGCGCGGUGACGUCACGUAUUUUAGACGCAAGGAAUAGGCCCCGCCCAUACAUUGACGUUUGUCUGAAAGCCACGCCCAACGCAGAAGAGAAGCAUCCCAAACCCAAUGUGUGGCUGCACUUUGUUAUAAAGUGAGGAUUAUUACGGAAGAAUGAACGAUCUGUAAGAUGAAUGUUUAUUUCUACUAUUUAAUAAAGAGUUACACGUACAGUAAGGAUAUAUUGGAGUCCAUGUUUAGUGUCCUAAACCGGUUUAUUCUGACAGGCCACUGCUGUUAUGUUGGUCUCUGCAGUUUAGUCUAACCUAACCUGAUUUAUCUAAUGUCCACACAUCACACGGGAAGAGACAAUGGCAUCAGCAGAAGUCAAAGUUGCAUUUGUCAGCAAUCACGAUGGGACGACCCUGACAGAGGUUUCGCUGGGAUCCCUCUUAGCCCCGCUGUGUUUUCUCAGCCGAGGACUCUUCCUGAUAGUAUUCCACCUGGGAAAAGGGCUUCUUCCGUUCUCUUGGGGAUCCCAUCUCCUGCUGGACUUCACAGCACUAAUAAUGCCUCUGGUCCUGUCAUGCACCGCACUGAGCGACAUCCUUCACUUUGUCAUCAUGGGCAUCGCUGUAGUUGAUUUUGUUGUCCUAUACCUUGUAUACAAGAAUGGAAAGCAUCCAUAUCAAGGUUCCUUCCCAAAUACAAUUGACAGGUUUGUGCAAAGCAGAGUAGAAUCCAACCUGGUCCCGUUUGUAACUGUGUUCCGGGUUCUGGUCAACGUGAAGACCUCCAUAAGCAUUUUAGCUGUUGAUUUUAGCGUCUUCCCAAGACGUUAUGCAAAAACAGAGAUGUAUGGAACAGGGGUGAUGGAUUUCGGCGUCGGAGCGUAUGUAAUGGCCAACGCAUUGGUAUGUCCCGAAGCAAGAGGAAAGGACAUUCAAGGCUCGAAGAUCAGUCAUGUGUUUAAACAGUUGAUUUCCGUCUGGCCGUUGGUCUUGUUAGGGUUUGUGAGACUUGCAAGCGUCAAAUCAUCAGGCUACCACGAACAUGUGACAGAAUAUGGAGUUCACUGGAACUUCUUCUUCACGUUAGCCAUCGUCAGAGUGGUGGCGUCCGCACUUCUGGCUCUUUUUCCUGUGAACUCCUCAUGGCUUCUUGCUCUUCUCAUUGGUGGAACCUACCAGGUUGUUUUAGAGACAACAGGUCUGAAGUCCUUCCUCAUCCAUAAUAAUGAGCGCACAGGCUUUCUGCAGGCAAACAGAGAGGGCAUCUUCUCAGUUGUGGGUUAUAUAGUUAUCUAUAUGGCUGGGGUUCAGGUUGGCCGCUACCUCAUGCAGAGCAGAAAUUUGGUUAAAGACUGGAUCAGAGUGAUCCGUAACCUUCUGUUAACAAGUUUUGGGUUGUUCUUCACUCUAUACGUGUGCCAGAGACGCAUCGAGCCAGUGUCACGCAGAAUGGCCAACCUUUCCUUCUGUAUUUGGACGUAGCACAGGCUUUAUUCUU